AUGCGCAUCUUCCACUCCUCCUCCCCCGAAGCAGCGGCGGCGCCCUCGCACGUCCAGCUCGGCUACCCCACCGAGCUCGCCCGCAACCGCGGCUUCGCCGCCAUCCUGGGCAUGGCGCUCGCCAUCACGGCCGUGCCGUACGGCAUGGGCAGCGCGCUCACCAGCGCCGCGCUCUACGGCGGCGGGCAGCUCUCCAUGGUCGUCGGCCUGCUCGUCGUCGUCGUCCUGGACGGCUGCGUCGCCGCGUCGCUGGCCGAGCUGGCCUCGCGCUUCCCGACCUCCUCGGGCGUCUACUACUGGUCCUACCGGCUCCUCCUCCCCAACGACAAACCCACCGGCGCAUCAUCGUCCUCCGCCGCGGCAGCACCGUUGGCGUACAUUACCGGCUGGUUCUGGCUCAUUGGUAACUGGACCAUUGCGCUGUCCGUCAACUUUGGCUUCGCGUCGCUCGUCGCGGCCACCGUGUGCAUCUAUCAACCCUCCUUCAGCUCGGCUUCCGCAUGGCAGCUCCUCCUCAUCUUCUACGCCCUCUGCCUCCUCACAUUCAUCAUCUGCUCCCUCGGGGACUCGCUCCUCCCGUACGUCGACCGCAUCGCUGCGGUGUGGAACCUGCUCACCAUCGUUGUCGUGCUCGUCGUCGUGGCCGCCACCGCGCGCAGCGGACGGCACACGGCCGCCACAGCGCUCGGCCACUACGACCCUUCCUUUUCCGGCUGGGGCCCGGGCUUCGCCUUCUUCAUCGGCCUCCUCCCGCCCGCGUACACGUUCUGCGCCAUCGGCAUGGUGACGUCUAUGGCCGAGGAGUGCGAGGACCCGGAGACGCAGGUCCCGCGGGCCAUGACGCUCUGCAUGCCGCUCGGCGGCGUCGCGGCGCUCGUCUUCGUGCUGCCGCUCUGUUUCACACUCCCGCCGCAGGCCGACCUGCUCGCCGCGCCGUACGGCCAGGCGCUCCCGUACAUUCUCACGCGCGUCGUCGGCGGCGGCGGGGCGGGCGCCGUCGCCGUCAUGGCGCUCGUCUUUGGCGUCGCGCUCUUUUGCUCCGUGAGCAUCACCACGACGGCGUCGCGCUGCACGUGGGCGUUUGCGCGCGAUGCCGGCAUCCCCGGGAGCCGGCUCUGGGCGCGGACCGCGGCCGGCCAGCCGCUGCCGGCGCUGGCCCUCGUCACCGUCGUCCAGAUGCUCCUGGGCCUCAUAAACCUCGGCAGCACCAGCGCCUUUACGGCGUUUGUCUCCGUGGGCGUCAUCGGCCUCGCCGUCGGCUAUCUGGUACCCAUUGUCAUCAGCUUAGCGACGCGGCGCCGCGAGGUGGCCACGGCGCGGUGGCGGCUGAGCCCAGCGAUUGGCAUUGCGGUCAAUGUCGUGGCGGUACUCUGGAUUGUGUUUGAGCUGGUGCUGUUUAGCAUGCCGCAGGCGCUGCCGGUCACGCCCGCAUCGAUGAAUUAUGCGUCGGUCGUGUUUGUUGGGUUCUCGGUGAUAAGCGCCGGGUGGUACUGCGUGGCAGGCAGACGCAACUUUAAAGGGCCCCCUGAAGAGACUCGCAUCAACUAA